GCAGAGCUUGAGCUCAAACUCUCAGUCUUUAUCUUUUCUUCCCUCUUGUGACGAUGCGCACUUUCGCUUGCCUCGCUCUUCUCGCUCUGCUCGCCACCGCGGCGACUGCCGUGCCCGUCGACCCCAUCGGCGACAUGGUCGACCACAUCAACAGCCUCAAGACCACCUGGGUUGCCGAGCGCCCCACCCGCUUUGGCUCCUUCGACGAGGUUGCCCGUCUCUGCGGUGCCCUCGAGACCCCCGAGGACCAGCGUCUUCCCCUCAAGGUUGCCCCCAUCGCCGAGGCCAUCCCCGACACCUUCGACUCGCGCACCAACUGGCCUGCCUGCCCCACCAUCAAGGAAGUCCGUGACCAGUCUGCUUGCGGCAGCUGCUGGGCUUUCGGCGCCGUCGAGUCCAUGUCCGACCGUAUCUGCAUUGCCUCCAACGCCACCAAGAUCGUCCGUCUCUCCGCUUCCGACCUCCUCUCGUGCUGCACCUCGUGCGGUGAUGGUUGCGACGGUGGCCAGCUUGGCCCGUCCUGGGACUACUACAAGAACAAGGGCAUUGUGACUGGCUACCUCUACAACACCACUGGCUACUGCAAGCCCUACGACUUCCCCGCUUGCGCCCACCACGAGGCCAGCCCCGACUACCCCGACUGCCCCUCCACCGACUACAGCACCCCCAAGUGCACCAAGUCCUGCGUUGCCGGCUACACUGCCAACACCUACACUGCCGAUCUCCACUACGGCCAGUCCAGCUACUCUGUUGGCCGCACUGACGCUGCCAUCCAGACCGAAAUCCUCAACCACGGCCCCGUUGAGGCUGCCUUCACUGUCUACUCUGACUUCCCCACCUACCGCAGCGGUGUCUACAAGCACACCUCCGGCUCCGUCCUCGGUGGCCACGCCAUCUCGAUCGUCGGCUGGGGCACUGAGUCUGGCUCCCCCUACUGGCUUGUCAAGAACUCGUGGAACCCCUCCUGGGGCGAUGGCGGCUUCUUCAAGAUCCUCCGCGGUGACUGCGGCAUCAACAACGAUGUUGUUGGUGGCCUUCCCAAGCUCGCCUAAGCGAUUUUCCCGCAAUUUCGCUUGAAUCUGCCUUUUGCUCUCCGAGGGCCCCCCCCUUUUUUUUUUGUCUCGUUGUCUUUUUCAUCAAAUCUCGUCGGUCUCUGCUCUCUUGUUGAUUUGAUUUGUUGAGUUUUGAAAAGAAGCGAAAUUGACAAAAUUGAGCAAAGUGAUGAAGGUUUGACAGUUUUUUUUUUUUUGAAACCAAAAGCAGCGUGAGGCUUUCCC